AACAGAACUUACUUUCUGUUUUCUGUUGCUGUUAUUGCUGUUCUUUUAAAAUAAACAUCUAUUUCACUUGAAGGCAAAGUUCCAGAGAGAAAGAGGGAGAGAUAAAGAUUUUCUAGCCACUGAUUCUCUCUACCCAAGUGACUACAGUGGUCUAGGUUGAGCAAGGUUGAAUUCAAGAUCCAGGAGCUUCAUCUGGGUUUCCCAUCAACCCCAGCUCUCCAUUCUCACUGCUGGUCCCAAGAGAGAUGACACCAGCCCAAGUAGGAUUCUGCCCCCUGCUGCUGCUCCUGCUACUAGGACUGUGGCUGUCCCCGAGCAUAGUGAGUGCCAAGCCCAAGGACAUGACCUCAGCUAAGUGGUUCGAAACACAGCAUGUGCAACCCCACCCUCAACCAUGUAGCUCAGCAAUGCCCCAGGUCAACUACUACAAAAGACACUGCAAAAACCACAACACCUUCCUGCACCAGUCCUUGACCAGUGUGAUCACCACCUGUGACACCCCCAACAGAACCUGCAAGAAUGGCCAUGGAAACUGCCACGAGAGCCCAGAGCCCGUGUCCAUGACCAUGUGUCAGCUCGUCUCAGGGUUGUACCCAAACUGCAAGUACAAAGAGGAUCACCUGACAAAAUCUUACAUAGUGGCUUGUGACCCUCCCCAGCAAGGUGACCCUCAACAGUACAAGCUGGUGCCUGUGCAUCUGGAUGGGGUCUUUUAGGCUUCCAGAUCUCACUCUUUGAGCUUUCAUUUCCUCACCUUACCUCUGCACUGCUAGCCCUACAC